CUUCUGUCUUCGGUAUUUCUUCUCUGUCUGGGUUCUUCUUUCUGAUCGGUGAAGUCUAUUUCUCUUCUUUCUCUGCCGGCGUGAACUUAUUAUCGGUGUUGCUGACUAAUUAGUGGUACCCCUUGUUUCAAAUCCUCGUAUUGAUUCUCCAAAAGGUGAUAUCUAAACCUAAUUUCUUCAAUUGAUUUCUGUUCUGCAAUUAAUUUCUCUUAUAUAACAUGGCUACUGAACGUGAUGACUCGUUGCAAUCGAUUAACGUUAGAUUGAAUAAGAGUAAUUAUACAUAUUGGGCUUAUGUGAUGAAAAACUUUUUGAUUGGUAAAGAUAUGUGGGGAUAUGUUAGUGGUAAUAUUGUUAUUCCUAAUUCUAAAACUAAAGUUGAAGAAUAUGAUAAAUUACUUGCUACUUGGGAACGAUGUAAUGCUAAGAUUAUUACUUGGAUCAAUAAUUCUGUUGAUUUAAGCAUUGACAUGCAUUUAGAUAAAUUUUCUACUGCUAAGGAGGUGUGGGAUCACUUGGCAACACUGUUUUUUCAAUCUAAUUUUGCUAAACGUUAUCAAUUAGAGUCUGAUAUUAGAGAAGCAAAACAAGGUGACAGGGAUGUACAAGAAUUUUAUUCAAUAAUGAAUGGGUAUUGGGAUCAACUUGCUCUUACUGAACCUGCCGAUCUUAAAACGGUUGCUCCAUAUGUAAAGUAUCGUGAAGAGCAGCGUCUUGUUCAGUUCUUAAUGGCUCUUCGUCAUGAUUUUGAAGCUCUAAGAGGUCAGAUUUUGCAUCGUAAUCCAUUACCUUCUCUGGAUUCUGUUGUUAAUGAGUUAUUAGCCGAAGAAGUACGUUUAAAAUCUCAAGCUGGCAGCAAAGGGAUUCUUCCUCUCCCUACUGAAAGUGUAUUAACAGUACCCUCAAAGCCUUAUUUUAAUUACCAUAAUAAACCACAAAGAACUGCUAGCGAUGAAUGCAAUUUCUGCAAGAAGAAAGGUCACUGGAAGGCGCAAUGUCCACAGAUUUUGAAAAAACAACAGCAAGGAACCUUUCACAAGCAAUACCAUACUGCUGCAGCUGCUACUCCUAGAAAUGAGGAACAAUCUUCGCAGUCUCUUAUCGAACGGUUGCAAAAGCUUUUGGUCUCACAGCAAUCCCAUUCUUUGAACCCAAUGACUUCUUCUUUUACAGGUUUGUUUACAUCUAAUGCGUCAGCAUCCGCAGUCGAAGAGAGUGAUUGGGAUAUGCCGUAGAGAAGGGGGAUUAUACGCUUUAGUGGAGUUGCGGAUUCCUGAUGUUGCUGCUUCUACAGUCGACUUAUCAUCUUUUCAUCUCACUGCGAAAUCCAGUAAUUUUUAUUUAUGGCAUUCUCGUCUAGGUCAUGUUUCUGUUUCUCGUCUUAAAUUCUUAGUUUCUAAAGGCUCUCUUGGACAAAUAAAACCACAUGAUAUCUCAGAUUGUAGUGGUUGUCAACUUGCAAAAUUUUCAGCAUUACCAUUCAAUAAAAGUACUUCUUUUUCUGGUAAA